AUGGCAGGAGGCUUCUUUAGGAUUUGGCCGCACAUAGAGUUCCAGCGAAUGAGCUAUCCGACGUGGCCGCCCCCCAGUGCCUCGCCCCUGCAUCCUCUGGAGCCCUGGGGCCGGCAAGUGUUUGUCUUUCGGCCUUUCGCCGGCGAUUUGGCAGCAGAGCCUUCAGGGCCUUAUCCCCGCGUGCCUCCCCUGCGCGGACCCGCGCCCCCCACUGACCGGCUGUCGCCUCGGCUGUCGCGUUUGGCAGCAGCAGCAGCAGAAGCAGCAGAAGCUGCUGCUGCUGCUGCUGCUGCUGCUGGCCCUUCGGGUUUGCUGUCCCCUGAGGCGUACGCAGCAGCAGCAGCGGCGAAUGCAGCAGCAGCAGCAGCAGCAACAGCAGCAGCAGCAGAAAGAGCAGAAGGGCCUCUCUUGCCAGCAGCAGCACCAGUUCUUUGUGUUGCUGAUCAUGGCCGCCGGCCUCUCUUGUUUUUGUCUGCUGAGGACUUGGGGGUUUUGAAGGAGCACUUGCCGCAUUUCAAAACCCUAAUUCAGCGUUUUAGGCAGACCGCAAAGCCUUCGAACGCGGAAGGCCUUUACCGCCUGCGGCGGCUGCUGCUGCCGCAAAAGACUUUUGGAAUGCAAAGAAUGAAAAAGGGAGAACACCAGUCUUACGGAAUGAAGAAAGGGGUGCCUCGCGAGUGCAAAACCUAA